AUGGCACAAUCAGUGAAUGAAAGUCCUAAUGAAAUACUUAAACAUUGGAACAGAAAUUAUCCUGUAGCAGCUAAAUUGGACAAUGAACUUGAGUCAGAAUCAAAGAAAUCUCAUACUCGUUAUAUACCUCCCUCAUCUAACGUUAAUGGUAUUUGUAUUGCAUUAACAAUUUUUUUACUGUGGUGUUUCUUUUGGUAUCACGCUGUAUUUCAAAUUAAUCUAAGUAAAACACAUAAAAGCAAUAGAUCUCACUGGUUUGAUGUUAUUUUCACAUUUGUCAUAUUAGAGUUUUUAUACACAGGUUUAUUCAUUACAUGCCAUGAUGCUAUGCACGGAUGUAUUGUCUAUCGUUAUCAAAAAUUAAAUAAUUUAAUUGGGUAUGUUUGUUUUACGAUGUAUGCUUGGCUUGAUUACAAUCGAAUGUAUGUGAAACAUUGGCAGCACCAUAAUCACGCCGGUCUCGUAGGUAAAGACCCUGAUUUUCAUGACGGCAGAUUUAUAUCACUGCCAGUAUGGUACGCUAAAUUUAUGUACGAAUAUUCGUCCAUUAAACAAAUCGUAAAAGUACUAUUGUGGACGCAGUUUUUGAUACAUGUACUGCAUGUAGAGACGAUCAAUGUUGUAGUCUAUAUGGCUAUUUGUCCCCUUCUCAGCUCAUUUCGAUUAUUUUAUUUUGGAACAUAUUUGCCGCACAAACCGAACGAGGAUGCUAGUGAAAUAAUGAACUGGGAAAAAACACGUACAUCGAAAGCAAAUCGGCUCAUCAGUUUUCUAUGUUGCUAUCAUUUUGAUUAUCAUUGGGAACAUCAUCGAUGGCCGUAUGCACCAUGA